CAAUAACAACAUUGACAGCUGUUCGGUUGAAAAUAUUCCAAAUCGCAUUAAUUGCUCCAGAAAAUAGCGAAAUAAACGUUUUCCCAGACCUCUUCCAAGCCCAAAAUAGAAAAAGUUGCUGGCGCGUGAGUGGUCAUCAUGCUAUUGGCGUAGAGAGAAAUUUCCGAUAGAAUUUCGUACGCUGUUAUUCACCUGACGACCAGAGACUCUCUUUUCAAUUAUGCUCUUCACGCGCCGGCGACUACUCAAGAGCUCCGCACAAAAAAACGCACAACAUCAGUAACAUUCAGUGUUAAGUCGCUUUCCCCGAUAGAAAGUAAUAUCGCUAACUAUAUAUUAAGCCGAUAAUACAGAACGGACGUAAAACAUACAAAACAAUGUACGAGAUUCAUAAUUGCCUAAGGUCCGUUUUCUUUGCCACACUCAUUCCCGGAACGAUCCUACUUAGUUGGCUAACUGGUCUGGUGGGUCUGCGAUCGCUGCAAGGUUGUCUGCUGAUCUUCUUCCUGAUCUUCGUGCUUCUGCCGUUGAUCUUCCGGUACUCCGUAACGUUCCAGCGCGGCAUUCUAUUUCUGACAUUCAUUAAGUAUCCCAAAGGACUUGAUCUCACGAAGCCGGAGAGCGUGGGUCUGUAUGCCACACGGAACUUCUACAUAACCGUAAAGGAUCACGAUCAGGACGAGGAUGGAGUGCGAGUGGGCGUGUGGCACGUUCUGCCCAGCAAUGCAGUGCGUCGUUUUAAACGCGAGCUGCGCGUGGAGGAGGCAGUGGCCCAGGACCCGGAUCAGCAGCUGGAUCAUGCAACUGGCAACGAACGGGAGCUGAAGGAACUAUCGCCAGCCAUACGCUCUGAAUUUCCCGUUGUGCUGCCGGAAAACGAGCAACUCUUCUACGAGCGAUUGCUGCGGAUGCCAGGUGGCACUGUGGUGCUCUACCUUCACGGGAACACCGCCAGCCGAGGCAGCGGUCAUCGGUCGGAGGUGUAUAAGCUGCUAAGGAAGCUCAACUACCAUGUGUUCUCCUUCGACUACAGAGGCUAUGCCGACUCCGAUCCCGUGCCUCCGACGGAGGAAGGCGUUGUGCGCGAUGCCAUGAUGGUGUUUGAAUACAUAGCCAACACCACUUCCAAUCCGAUUGUGGUGUGGGGUCAUUCCCUUGGCACCGGAGUGGCCACGCAUCUGUGCGCCAAACUAGCCAGCCUUCGGGAAAGGGCUCCCAGGGGAGUGAUCCUCGAAAGCCCAUUCACCAACAUUCGAGAUGAGAUACGCAUGCAUCCGUUUGCCAAACUCUAUAAAAACCUGCCCUGGUUCAAUUUUACCAUCUCGCAACCAAUGUACACCAAUAAGCUGAGAUUUGAGUCGGAUGUUCAUGUCCUGGAGUUCCGGCAACCCAUCAUGAUCAUCCAUGCGGAGGACGACGUUGUCGUGCCGUUUAAUCUGGGCUAUCGUCUGUAUAGGAUCGCAUUGGAUGGAAGAAGUCGAACCUCGGGACCCGUUGAGUUCCAUCGCUUUGGGGCGAGCCGAAAGUAUGGACACAAAUACCUCUGCCGUGCACCGGAAUUGCCGGGACUGAUCCAAAAGUUUGUGGAGAACUACCGCGAUGCAGUAUACUAGGUGCGAUCAACUGGAUAUUAAUUUAUGUAUUAGACGAAUAUUCUAAUUUAAUUUUUUACCGCAAGCACUGACACGUUCCAAAUUUUCCGCCCUGUGCAAGCAAAUUAAAGCAGUCGAGGAUCACGGACCAUGUUUGAAUUUUAGUACUGGGUCAUAAUUUUUGUAAUAUCAAUACUUGAAGUAGCUAUUUGUGACUUGCCGGGAUUAAUCCUUUAUUAAUGUAACUAAUAUAUAUUAGGUGUCAUCUUUAAGAUAUUCGUAUAAAAUGAAUAAAAUUCCCAACGAUUUGAUCUCCAUA